AUGCUUGAGAGAACCCCUAGCGGCUUUUUGAUUCCAAACUUGUUUUUGACUUGCUCAAGCUUCUCGGCGGCUGGCAUUGCCAGGGUGAGCGUGCAGCAUAUUGCAGCGUCAUGGGUUUGGCUCACGACACUGACGAGCUUAGAAGAGUCCUCCGCAGCUGUCGGAAAGACGUCGCUGAAAGACAAAACGAGCAGAGCUAUGCUGCCAUCGGCGAGGUCCUUUUGCUUUGGAUCUGCAACUUCAGCGCUACAGGCUGCGCAAGCAAUGACCAAGGCUGUUUGCUGCUUUUUUGGUUCUUUAUCGAGCUGGUGGUUGCUAUUUGGAAGCGAUGUGUGGAACAGGAGCUGCUCGUGGUAGGCAUGCAUAUCACGCUGGCAUUGCAGUGUUUGUCGUGCUAUUUCUGCAGACUUCCAGGUGUGUCAUGGAUCUUGCUCUUCGUGUGCACAGCCAUUGCGCAACGCGCGUUGGAAAACUUGGUUCAUGAACACUCGCAUGGCAAUCUUCUCAGGCCGUCGAAUCAUUGGCUCGCCAGAGUUACAGGCUUCCUGGUUUACAAGGACUUGGAAGAGUACAGGUCCAGCCACCGCAUCCAUCACCAGAAGUUUGGCCUUGACGAGGAUCCAGACCGGAUCGUAUAUGGAAGAGCUGCGACCAGACCACUUUUGGGAAAGGUCAGCGUUGUUUGCGUCUGGUAUCACGAGAACCUGCAGAAGAAAGGGCUUUGGAUCCAAGUCGUGUCUUUCCUGAACCGUUUUGAUGACUGGGGUACCCUCGUAGGUAUUCAUCGUGUCUUUCGUAUCUUGCUUGCAAUGUGUUGGCCCUCCCCCAGCAAGUCUUUUGGCCUCCCCGUGUGUUCAGCGAGCAAAAUUUUCGCGAAAGCUGUCGUUCUGAAUUUCCCGUUCAAUGCGUGUUUAGUGAAAACAACAUCCUGCUCGACUCUCGCGACGGCGCCUUUCAGAGUGUGUGUAUAGUUUCGGCUCUAGGCCACUUGCCUGACUGUCUUCAUGCUGAGACGUCUGACUUGGUCUGGCGGAGAGGCUGGUCCUAUAGAACUUGAAGCAGUUGAGGUGGUUCGAUUUCUGCUUGUUGGCACAGUGUCUUAAGGUACUGCAUUGGAUUGCAGCAGCGUUGGCCUGGUGGACUUCUAGCUAUAUUCUUGUGCUUCCAUUCUUCCGUGCGUGUGCAGAACACUCUGAACACAGUGGCUUGAUCAAAGACCCUCAAAGUGGUGAACACCUUGAUGAUUAUCUUCGCAAACAUUGGACAAUGACGAGAAGCAACAUCGGGGUUUUCCAUCAUUGGGUUUUGCACCCAAUGAACGAUGGAUAUCACACGCUUCACCAUUUGGAUCCGCAGAUCCCUUUUUACAUGUUGAGGACCUUGCAUGAAAAGCUGAUGCGGAGCAACACCUUCGACUACGCUGAAACCUGCACCGCAAAAGGGUUGAUAAACAAAUGCCCGCAGGUUUUUUACUGAAGGCAUUGAACUCAGCACGAGCAGCUUGAAACAAGUUGCUUGCCCCUGGGGUGUCGGAAUUGGCCGUGCACUUUUGAGCCAAUAUUGACCCUCAGUUGCAAAAACACAGUCACAAAGUAGGAAUAUAGAUGAAUAUAGAAUAUUUGACUUGUCGCGCUUAUUUGGUGGCUCUCUGGUGUUAAGCGUUGUCUGGGCGUUUCUGACGCAGUUUGAAGCAAGUUGCUCAGAAGGCCCCUGCCUUUGAACAUGUUUCUUUUGGACGCAGUAGCUGCAGCAGGCUCCCCAGUGUCAGUGAGCGAUGGUUUUUCGUGGACUUAACCGGUAGAUAGUUCUUGCAGCUAGCUCUAACGCCAAGGUUCUGGGGUCAAAGCGCUGCAGUGCUUCGUAGUUCAGAGCAUUUGCUAGGAGGUGAGUCCACACCAGCACAGAAGUGGACAAGUGCCUGUGAAGCCAGCGCCCAUUUCACGGAAUUGUCAUCAUUUUCGUAUGACAGGAAUGUAGAAAGAUGGUGUGUUGGCUGCGCAUAUGUGUUGCUGGACUGUCGGCAGCUUCAAACGUUUUCUUCGCGACCUGUAUGGAAGAGACCUUGGGAAUCUUUGUUGUUUUUGUUGGAAGUUUUUUAGGUUUAUCUCAGGCCCAGGCUCACACGUUGCCAAAAGCUUGGCGUUGCUGUUUGUUUGGUUGCAUCUGCCUGAAGCGGGUGAUGCCACCUUGUGUGACUUGAGUGGAUUCAAAGUUGGUAGCUUUGAUCUUUGGAACUUGAUCGCGACAGAGAGCUGCUUCCAAGACAGCGUGUGAUUGCGCAGAGCCCAACAA